AUGUCUGCCUAUGUCGACUCGUACAUCGAGACGCGAGCUGGAGAGCUUGACCCAAGCUGGCAGUUCUCGGCCAGAAACAAGAUCAACGAACGCACAAAAUCUUUCAAGACACUGGUCAGCGUAUUUGUAAAGCAUACCAAGCGUGAUGAGCUCUCGAGAUUCGACGUCGACCGCCAGUUCGUCUGGGAAGACGUGAGAGCUAUGGCAUCAGACGCGAUUGAGCAGGACGCCUCCAAGACGAAAUGGCGACAGAAUCCAUUCAGAGCAGCAGGUCGAUCGUUCCAGCAGAACGCCUCGAAUCUCGAGAUGCUGGUGGAAUUUCUUCCAAACGGAGAGUUCACCGGCAUUCUCUGCGGGGCUUUGACCUUCGUUUUCUGCGCCGCAAAACGCCUAGACGAGGUUCGAAACAAGAUCAUGAACUGCCUGGAGAGCCUGCCAGACAUUGUGGAGGACACGGAAGAGUAUGUUCAGAUAUACGCCGAGGACACUCGCGUUUGGAGUGCGGCAGAAGAUUUGUAUUUAGGAAUCCUCGACGGCGUCGAAGCCAUGCUGCAAUGGAUUGAUAAGUCAGCUUUCGAACGGGCCUUCAAUGCACUUCUGCGUCCUGCCACCUACGGCAAGAGUUUGGAAGAAGAAACCAUCAAAGGGAGCAUCGAGGCCAAUGUCGCUAAAUUUCACAAAUUUGUGACAAGAAGCCUACACAAAAAUUUCAACAAGUCAUUGAAGGCACUGAAAGAGCAACUCAGCGGCCAAGUAAAGCUGGCGCAGUGGAUGGACGAAAAUCCCCAAGCAGCGAGAUUAUUCAAAACGUCCUUUGUGACUCUGGACCAGCUCCGUAUCAGCAUCAACAUUAACCUGCAAAUCAUCGAGAAAGACUUAGUUACGGCGAUGAUCGACGCGCAGAACGUCUGCACAGAGGAUAUGACCAAUCGCGCCAUGCUCGUCCUCCGCAACAACAGCUUCGCGGCAUGGUUGCAAUCUACGAGUUCCCAGAUCCUGUAUCUAAACGGGCGAAUGGACCUGAGUCCGGAGCAGGAAGCGGCGUCACCAUUGACACUGCUCUCCUGCUCACUCGUACAGAGACUGAGACAGUCCGACCGCAGUCUACCUCUCGUCUAUCUAUGUGGCAGGCACAACCGACCGAACGAUCCUUACAUGGGGCCUAGCGGGAUUAUGCGCUGCCUCAACGCUCAGAUUGCCCAGUCCCUGACACCACGCGAGGUUGACCUUUCUGGAAUCAACUUAAGCGUCGUGGAUGGCGUCAGGGGGCAACAGCUGGAGGCUCUCUUCACGCUCUUCCGGCUAUUUCUGCUUUCUGCAACUGGAAAAGUGGUGUUUGUCAUCUUGGAAGGCGUGUCUUGGUUGGAGGUGGGACGCCAUGUGCAAGGUCUUGGGGCGGUGGUCUCGUUCCUCUGGUACCUUGUCCACGAGUUGAACCAGCAGGGUCACCGCGUGAUACUCAAGGUCCUGGUCACCAACUCAGCGACAAGUAACUACGCAAGAAGAUGGCUUCCGAAGGAAUGCAUAGUCGAGAUGGAAGAGGCCAGGUGA